AUGCACUUCGUCAUUGCAAAUAGGUUGCUCAAAAAAUUUGAAUACAUAGACAUAAAACAUGUUCCUAGAAUAAAAAACCAAGAAGCUAAUGACUUAGAACAAAUAGCGUCAGGGUAUAGAAUUUCAAAAGAGAAGCUAGAGGAACUUGUCGAAGUAAGAGGAAAAGCAAUGGCUGCCAGAUUGUCUCCGACAGAUUUGGAAAGCACUCAGUUAGGAUAUGCUAACAAAGAAGAGUUUAAAGUACUGGCCAUUGAUACCUUAAUGGAUACAGAUUGGAGGAAUCCAAUUAUUAAUUAUCUCAAGGACCCUUCGAUAGAUACAGAAAGAAAAACCAAGUACAAGGCUUUAUCUUAUGUUUUGAUGGGGAAUGAAUUAUUCAAGAAAACUCCUGAAGGGAUCCUGUUGAAAUGUUUAGGAGAAAACGAGGCAUACUUAGCAUUAUCUAGUGUACAUAGUGGAGCUUGUGGAGCACACCAGGCAGGCCAUAAGAUGAAAUGGUUGUUUUUUAGAUAUGGAACGUAUUGUCCCACCAUGUUAAAAGAUUAUAUAGAGUUUGCUAAGGGUUGCCAAGAAUGUCAAGUACAUGCAGGAAUUCAACAUGCUCCUGCAAGUGAGCUUCAUGUUCCUUCGUCCAGGACUCCCUUUGCAUGA